CCUCUUUCUUAUUUUCCUAAUCUUCUUGUGUAUUAUUCAUAUCUUCACUUGUUGAUCAGAGCACAAAUACUUACCAUCUGUUUGUUUCUUCUUUAGUUUUUUUUUAAUUAUUAUUAUCUCUAAUUGUACUGGUAUACUGGUGAUUUUAAAAGGAUUUCUUUUGGAACUAAGCUCAGGCAAAACUGACUCCCCUGUGUUUGUUUACCCUCCUACAUUUGAAGUUGGUGAUUCGUUUAUUAUUUGAUAAUAUUUAUAUUGUUUGUAGUGUGAGGUCAAAGUUUUAAGCCCUGUUUCGAAGUUACAUGAAAAAUUAGGGGGCCAAAUUAAAGGGUAGACAGGAUUGGAACAUUGUUUAGUAGUUAGUGCAUUGAAAUAGCGGGUUGAAUUCGAUAAGCUAAUUUUGAAAUUCUGAUUGUAUGAGAUUUUUAUGUAAGUAGUCGUUAAAUAUAGUUGUAGGAGGUCCAUGAUGGUAGUAAGUGAUGAGUGAAUGUGUAUGAUGGUGUUAAGUAGUUGUUAAUUGUGGUAAGUUAUGGUGGCAAACAAUAGUGGAUAUUAAUGAUGGUAGGCGAUGGUGGCAAGCAGUGUUAUUUAAGUAAAAAAGCGCGCGGAGCACAAAGGGUCUUUUAUAGCUUAAGCGCUAAGCGUGGGCUUUUUUAUAAGAAAGCACACUAUAAUUAUUUAUUAAGGCAUCAGUUCCUGGCACUGAUGGUUUAGGAUUCUUUUGAACUAAUUUAUGAAGGCAUCGGUUCCUGCAUCCAUUGUCUGUUUUGCUGCUUAUGUAGUCGAGUGACAUGCCAGGUGUUGCCCCUUUUAUUUUUCUGCUACUCGUUCUUGGGUGUUCUGCACGACCUCUUUAUCCACUCCCUAGCAGAAGGAAUGAUAAAACUAAACAGCCCCUUCAAACUUUCCGUCCAUAUAAUGUAGCACAUCGUGGUUCUAAUGGGGAAAUUCCUGAAGAAACUGCUGCUGCAUAUAUGAGGGCUAUUGAAGAGGGUACAGACUUCAUAGAAACAGAUAUUCUUGCAUCCAAAGAUGGUGCGCUUAUAUGCUUCCAUGAUGUAAUUCUUGAUGAUACGACCGAUAUAGCCGAACACAAAAAGUUUGCAUCACGAAAGAGGACGUAUGAUGUACAAGGGCUCAAUACCACCGGCUAUUUUACUGUUGAUUUUACUCUUGAUGAACUGAAAUCAUUAAGGGUGAAGCAGAGGUUCUCGUUCCGGGACCAACAAUAUAAUGGAAAAUUUUCUAUCAUUACUUUCGAAGAGUUUAUCUCAAUUGCACUGGAUGCACCUAGAAUAGUGGGAAUAUAUCCAGAAAUUAAAAAUCCGGUCCUGAUCAACCAGCAUGUAAAAUGGCCAGGUGGUAAGAAAUUUGAAGACAAAUUUGUUGAGACACUUGUGAAGUAUGGAUACAAAGGUUCAUAUCUGUCAAAGCACUGGUUAAAACAACCUGCAUUUAUCCAGUCCUUUGCCCCCACAUCACUUAUUUAUAUAUCAAACCAGACCGAUUUGCCUAAAAUUUUCUUAAUUGAUGAUGUGAAUGUUCCGUGUCAAGACACUAAUCAGACAUUUGCAGAAAUCACUUCAGAUGGUUACCUUGACUUUAUAAAAGAAUACGUAGUGGGGAUCGGACCUUGGAAGGAUACGCUGGUUCCUGUAUCAAAUAAUUAUCUGCAAACACCUAACGACCUUGUUGCCAGAGCACAUGCUCAUGACUUGCAGGUGCACCCAUACACCUUUCGGAAUGAAAAUCUGUUCUUACAUUACAACUACAGUCAAGACCCAUAUCUCGAAUAUGAUUUCUGGAUAAACGAAGUAGGAGUUGAUGGACUCUUUACCGACUUCACUGGUAGCCUCCACAGAUACCAGGAAUGGACCUCUCCUUCCAUCUCUGAUGAUGAUGCAUCUACCUUAUUGCAUAAGAUUGCAUCAAUGGUCUCAAAGUAUCGUAAGACAUAAGAUAUUCUAUAAACAAUUACACUCAGUUUCUAGCGCAACCACAAACUAUGCGCCAUUUUUUUUGGGUAGUUAUUAAAAGCCAGAAGUUAGAGUUCCUACUCUGCUGCCAUUUUUAAUGGACCUUUGUACCUAAAGGGUUUUUGGGUAAAAGGGAUAAUUGUAUAAUGAUGUUCCGAGCCUCAGAUUGAACUCUGCUGUUGUGUGGUUUUAACCUGCAUUCGGUUUUCCAAGA